AUGGAUCAGGUCAUCCGCGCAACCAACGAGCACCACGUGCGUCGAGGUUCAGAGGCUGAAAAUUUUCUUGAGGAAGAGGGGAAGGAAUCUGAGAACAUCGAAGAAGAAACGGUGGGCCAAGAUGAGCCAAAACACGAGAUGCCCACAGAUUCGCACAUGGCUCCGAAUAUGGAGUCGCACAGCAUGCACGAGGAAGAAGAGGAGCCGGAGAGAUACGAAGAGAAGUGCGACAUAGCCGAAGUGGUCGAGGCCACGCACUGCAGAGCGGACUGCCCUUCUUUGGACUUGGACUGCUCGCAGGAUUCUGUGGCUUUGUCCACGGUGGCAGACAGCAUUGAUCGGGUAAGCUCGAUCGCAGACUCCCCGGAGGCAGACAUUGCUGAAUCUUUGCCGGAUAUGCUUGCAGAAGCGGCAUGUGCUGGCAAUGUCAGCAAGAAGAAAAAGAAGCCAAAAAAGAAGAAGAAGAACGAGGGCCUUUCAGCUCAGACGCUUCCGGCGCAACUGAGCAGGAAUUCAUCCAUCAGCGAGGCGCCGUCCCGUCGCCACUAG